CAUGAGUUUGCUCUUGGUUUCAGACCUCUAGCUUGAAUUUUCCUUCGAUGCCCUGCAAUCUGUUCUGUUGUACACCUUAUCUAUUUUGACGAUUCACAUUCCCUUCAAACUGGAAUUCCCAUUCUCUCUCUUAUCUAUCUAUCUAUAUAUAACGACAUAUAUUCAAUGUAUAUAGUUCGUCAAAAUCACCGUAGGGUGUUGGUGAGGGUUGAGUUGGGCCCCUCGAGGUUCGUGGAAUUGACAGUAUAGAUUUAUAACCAUCCAUCUCCCACAAGAUUACCAACCUCAACACACCACAAGAUUACCAACCUCCUACGCUGCGUUUCUCAUCGGAAAGUCAAGACCCAUACUCUCUACCCGUCCCCAGCUGCCACCAAUUCCACAUUCUUACACAGAAUCUCGCAAUACCCUUACAAUAUUCACUUGCCAUCCCAUAAUAACAGGACAUACCCUUAAAAAACCCACUUGGGGCCCUUAUCUUUUGACACACACGCAUUGUUUUGGGUCAUCUCCCAAUUAAUAGGUCCCUUCCCCAGAGGCCCAAUCCCACGUGUCACACACGAAGAAUUCGGUGGACGAGUUACAGCCAAAAUUUGGAGGUGUUUUGCUCCUCCUGCUGGAUUGAUGAAUAAGCAAAAUUCCUGUAGUUUUUUAAGCAGCACCCAAAUUUGUCCCACCAUUUUUUGCAAAAAUCUGCAAUUUUUAAGUUCAAAAAAUUGGAUUGGUAGGGGCCUAGAAUUGAAGCGUGGAUUGAUAGCUAAACUUCUUUUGGUCCAACUGGCUGCCCAAAUCAGGGUUGUUGGACGUCUGUUUCCAUUCCUACAAGGCCCUGGGAGGGUAUUUUGUGUGUAUAUCACUUGUUAUCUUGUGAUUUGGAGGUCCUUAGGACUGCCCAACUACUUAUUUUGUUGUAGGCUGUUCUGGAUUUUCCUUACCGAUCCCUUUUGAGGUCAAUAGGUCUCUGCAACUAUAAUGAGCCUGGUCAGCAUGGAACUGGGGAAAAUUGAGCUGGGUACUUCAUGGAAGUUGCAGUCCUAUCCUUAUUGCCCUUCGCAGGAUGCUGCAACAGGCAGGGAGAGGAGGAAAUUACCAGUGCAGUUUGCUGGGCACAGGAAAGGAAAGCAGGAGCUACAAACAUGUUAUAAUCUGCAGUUGGUGGUAGCUCCUGGUAAAAAGACAGUUUCAAAGGGCGCUAGAUUGUCCUCAUUUCAGCCCCUCUCAUGCACUUUUCAUGGAGGAUAUGCUGUAUCUGAAGCAGAAACAGAUAAACUUGGUUGGGAUGAGGAGGCAUUAAUACUGAAGAAGAAGGCAGAAGUUCUUAUUCCAGCAUUAAAAGGAAGAUGUAUAUUUCUUGUGGGAAUGAUGGGUAGUGGAAAGACAACUGUUGGAAAGAUUAUAUCAGAAUCCUUGGGAUAUUACUUUUUUGACAGUGACAGGCUGGUGGAAGAGGCUGCAGGUGGUGCAUCUGUGGCCCAGAUUUUUAAAGAUCGCAAUGAGCAGGGCUUCCGAGAUUCUGAGAGUGAAGUAUUGAAACAAUUAUCUACCAUGUAUCGUCUAGUUGUUGCUACUGGAGGUGGUGCUGUAGUUCGUCCUCAAAAUUGGGGCUAUAUGAAGCAAGGAAUUACUGUUUGGUUGGAUGUGCCACUGGAGGCACUGGCUGAGCGAGUUGUAGCUGUUGGAACACAUUCUCGACCUCUUUUAGGUCAAUCAUCUGGCGAUUGUUAUUCUGAGGCUUUAACAAGGCUCACUAAACUUUAUGAGGAUAGAGCUGAAGCAUAUGGAAAUUCUGAUGUAAAAGUGUCACUUCAAAAAAUUGCAUUAGAACAUGGUCACGAGGAUGUCUCUCCCCUCACUCCAACAAUUAUUGCAAUUGAGGUCCUAAAGGAAAUUGGAAAAUUCAUGUCAUAUAGGAAAUUGAUGAAUGCUGCCGCUGGACCGUAAACCAUGAACAUAAGUUCACUAGUCUGGCUUACACCAAGUUGUAAUGUUGGGGGAAUUUGGAGCAAAGUUAUUGCAUUCAAGUUAAUUCUUAAAUAGACAUUACUGUUUAUUUCUUAGAUGAAAGAGCCAAUUAUGGAGGAACCAUGUACAAUUUACGCCUAAGAAGACAUCUAAUAAUCAUGCUCUCAACCCUUAUGUAGGAUGUUAGGGGUACAGUCAUUUGUACAAGUUAGUCUGCUAUUUGACAUCAUCACAAUCCAUAAAGCUUCUGACAAUGGUUUGAGUGGGGAAGUAUAUAUCAUUGGUACGACUCUCCUUUAGUUUGCAUAUUAUGUUUAUAAAAUACUCUGUCAGCUGCUGACGAAUGGAUGUAGUUUUCUCAUUGGUAUAUGGGAAUGUAUCUCCAGAGAUAUGGUAUGUAUAUUUUCAUCCUUGAUGUCCAAGGUGCAUACUAUAUUUCCUCAAAAUUUCUAAGUGCGUGACAUAAAUGAAAAAUUUGUUGGUGUAGGCUUCAUUUUA